AUGUUCGAGGAUUCCACCGAGGAUGCGGACGAGUGGUACGAUCCAGGGGCUGACUUCGCAUCCCCUGGUGACGUGGAGGCGCUCCGCGCCAGGUUCCGCCGGGAAUGCCCGCCCCUCGACGAUUCCCGCUGCGGGGAUCUCCGCCCGGGCGACAAGCUCUGCCUCGCCUGUUGUAUCCGCGACGACGUCGAGAAGCUCAAGUACUAUGACGCCGUCCUCGAAACCAUAAAGAGGGCAGCGCACGGCGUGGAGCAGUGCACGUGCCGUUUCACGGUCCGCUGGACGGAGGGGCCGCGCAGCGGUUGCUUGGACAAGGUCGGCAUCGAUGUGGUCUGCUGCGUGCCGGAGUCACCGAUCCAAGAUCCGGUGCUGAGCGAGUUCCUGGACGACCUGACAAAGAGGUUCGCCGAGGACCAAGAGACGGCGACGGCAGCGUCUCAGCAGGCAGACCCGACCCCGAUGAGCGAGGAGGAAUUGUGCGGGUACAGUCUCGCAUACUCCUCGAGUAAUAGUCUUUUCGUCUUGUAA